AGUAUGCCAUUUAAUUUAAUUCAAACACGUUUGACUGCCAGUGCUGAAAUUCCCGUAAAGUAGUGAAAUAUUUGCAAUAUGUCUGGAUCGAUUGUUGGAUCCCAGAGUUCCAACACCUCGGUGGCGGAUGUCCUGCGGGGUAGGAAGGUUCCUGUCACCCGUCCCAGCCAGAAGUUGGUGACCAAGACCCAGAGCAAUGCCAAGGUGGAGCAAUACCUGACCAAGGUCAAGUCCUAUUCCCAAAUCUCGCUGGGAGGAAUGGCCUCCCGAUUCGAGUCCAACUGUCUCCGGGAAUUGGACGAGUGGUGCGUUCCGAGAACAGCGUUCCGCGAUGAUGCCGAUGUCAGUCUGCAUCCCAGCUACGACAUGAAGCAGUUCCAUUACGAUCUCAGCUGUUUUGUGCGGUAUCUGGACGCCAAGGAGGAGUAUAACCAUCAGUUUCUGCGGGAAAUGGACCACUUCAUUGCCAGUCAACGCAAUAUCUGCGACCAAUUUUUCCUGAGAAACAUCCUCUGCUAUAAAACACGUUGGCCCCCUCUGCAUACGAAGCAGGAACUGAAUAUCUUUGUUUCCAAAUUUUUUCAAAUGACUCCAAAGCAAAAGCGCCGUGUGGAGAAUCUCCUGAAAUCCGACUUGGGUCAUUUUUGCUAAAGGUUAUCCAAUUGCAAAGUAAAUGAUGCUAUUUAUUGCAUUGCGCAAAUGGUUUAAUUAGCACAUUUAUUUAUGCAAUUAUUCUUUGCAAAACUGAUAUAAUUAGUUUGUGAAA